AUGGCAUUUUCGCAAUCGCAUCGACAAGAACUGAUUGAACUGGCCGAAAUAACGGGAAUCUCCACGGUACCCGGAGUUUUUCGAAUUGUAUUGGAAUUAUUGGCGUUACAAGUAUCUCCUGAGGAUAUUUACACCCUUCUUAAACAAAUAUCGUCGAGAUCGUCGAAAUCGCUGAACCGACAGACAACAAACGAGAAUGCGCAAACUUCU